GCGCGCUCCCUGCCGCCCGCGCCCGUAGUUUCUUCACCAACUGCCACUCGUCUCGAAUGAUUUCACCUUGCGAUGAAUGAAAAUUGUGGUGGAUAGUUCGCGUACGAACAUUCCGAUAAGAAACUCAUACUCGGGACGCAAGGGAUCGUGUUUUGUGCAAUAGUGCGUGAAAAGGUAGAUUCGUGGUUCAAAUUUUUUGUGUUGUUACCAGUUCUUCCUUUUGUGAGACCGUACGCCAGUGUUUACGUGCUGAAAACUGUGAAAUAUUAAAACAAAUUUGUGGACCCUCUAUCCACCGUUACAUGGGAGCUUGUUGACCAACAGGUUUUGAAGGUCGCGCGGCAAGAUGCCGGAGGGCGUGGCCAAAGACAGCAAGGAGGAUGCGAAGUCGAAGAGCAAGGAGGCUUCACCGCGUCGCAGAGCCACCGGCAAUAUGGCCAAGGUCAAGGUCAAACUGCUCGACGACUCCAUCAUGGAGCUGGAUGUUGAUAGGAAGAUCCGCGGCCACGAGCUGCUAUCGAAAGUCUGCGAGAGCCUGAACCUGGUGGAGAAGGACUACUUCGGACUGUUGUACAACGACCGCGGCGACCCGCGAGUGUGGAUCGACCUCGAGAAACGCGUCUCCAAAAUGGUUAAACAAGAGCCGUGGUCGGUGCGGUUCGCGGUGAAGUUCUAUCCACCUGAGCCAUCGCAGCUGCAGGAGGAGGUCACCAGGUACCAGCUCGUGCUGGCCGUGCGCAAGGAUCUGCUUGAAGGUCGUCUCCCAUGCUCGUCAGUGACACAUGCGCUCCUCGCGAGUUACCUGCUCCAGUCGGAGCUGGGCGACUUCGAGGAGUCGGAGGUGGGGGCGGAGAUGUGCAAGCAGUUGAAGCUCGUGCCACCAUCAUCCUGCACCGCUGAACUUGAGGAGAAGGUUGUGGAACUGCACAAGACUCACAGAGGUCAGACGCCAGCCGAAGCGGAGCUGAACUAUUUGGAAAACGCCAAGAAACUGGCGAUGUACGGUGUGGACCUCCAUCCAGCAAAGGACUCGGAGAACGUGGACAUCACGCUCGGUGUGUGCUCUUCAGGACUGCUCGUGCACAGAGAAAAACUACGUAUAAAUCGUUUCGCGUGGCCGAAGAUCUUGAAGAUCAGCUACAAGCGGCACAAUUUCUACGUGAAGCUGCGGCCCGGCGAGUUCGAGCAGUUCGAGUCCACGGUAGGGUUCAAGCUCGCCAACCACCGCGCCGCCAAAAAACUGUGGAAGACUUGCGUCGAACACCAUACUUUCUUCAGACUGACGAGUCCCGAGCCGGCGCCGCGCGGCACGCUGUUCCCGCGGCUGGGCUCGCGGUUCCGCUACAGCGGGCGCACGCAGUACGAGUCGCGCGCGGCGCACCCCGCGCGCGCGCCGCCGCACUUCGCGCGCACGCUCUCCAACCGCAAGCUCUCCUCGCGCAGCAUGGACGCUCUGGCAGCCGGCGACAAGGAUGACUCGAUGCCUACCGAAGCGGCCAAGAGGCACACCAUGCCGCCACAACCAGCCCCGAGACCGACGGUCACAGACAAGAAACCACCUCCAGGCGCCGUGAAGGUAAUGCCCACGGCACCAGCCAAGGAUGACAGAAAGGUUGCGGAAAGGAAACCGGCUGAGAACGGAACGGACACAUCCAGCGACCCGGGCAUCACGAACAACCUCGAGACGACGCCCAAGAAGUCCAAGGGAGGUUUUGGCCUGUUUGGACCCCGAAAAGAGAAGUCACCAAAGGAGAAAUCGCCGAAACGUGACAAGUCGCCAAAAGGAGACAAGUCUCCUAAAAAAGAGAAAGAACCGAAAGCCAAAGUGGCCGUACUCGAUACCUCGAACGAUGGAUCGAACCUUGACAGUUCUGUUGAGAAGAGUCCCACGAAGGAGGACAAACCAGGCUUCACCAAGCCCUACGUGUAUACCGAUACAGAAAAGAGUCCUACACGCUCCAAACCCUUUAUCCAAGGCGGAUUUAGCUACGAUAAAGAGCCGAUCUCUGAAGAGAAACAACGCGGCGCUGAUGCCCAAAGCCCUACUACUAAGAAAGCCGGACUGGCUUUCAACUAUGCUCCAGGAGAAGACAAGAAGGUGGCUGAGAGCGCUGAGAAACGGAAAACACCUGAAGAUCUCAGUAAACUUAAGACACCUGGACUCGACUACGUUGAGUCUGCUGCUUUGAAAGAGCAAGCCAAGAACUUGAUCGAUCCAACUCUCGCUCUUCUAGAUUCCGAAAGGGCUCAUCACGAACCUCCAACUCCCCUGCCAGUGGUCAUUCCCAAACCAAAUGAAGUACAGGUUGUCAUAAUUACUGGUAAAUAUAACCCUAAGACAAAGAAACUUGACGAUGCCAACGGUACUAUUCUUGUUGCUAAGGGAACUUUGAAUAAAGCCAACGGCAAAAUUCAGACUGACAAGGAAUUGAUUAAUACAAAAUCUGGGCAGGUUACCUUCACAGACCCUGCUACAGGCAAACAAGAUGUCAAAAAUGGUCACGUUGAUUCCAAAACUGGUCACAUUUUAUUUACAUCUGGUGUAGUCGAUCCAAAUACGGGUAAAAUUGAUCCAACACUGGCCCAACAGUAUUGCUUCGUUGAAAGGUCCAGUGACAAAGUUGGUGCUAAGCCUGGCCGCGAAGUUGACCUAGUUGUUAUCACUGGCAAGUAUGACGGUAAACAUAAGAAGUUGGACGCUUCUCAUGGUCACGUAGAUUUGUCGAGAGCAGUGGUUGGUCCCGAUGGUAACGUCAGUUCAAACUAUGGCCUUAUAGAUCCUCGUUCAGGCAAGAUUGACUAUAUCGACCCCAAAACGGGCAAGCAAGAGCCCAAACAAGCUUACGUUGAUCACAAAACUGGCAAUAUUUUGAUAACCACCGGGGUAAUUGAUCCCAAAUCUGGAAAAGUUGAUUUAUCGCUCGGUCAGCAAUUCAGCAUUGUUGAAAAAGACGCUACGAAAGCUAAUAGAGAAGUCAGGCUGGUGGUCGUUACAAGCAAAUACGACUUGAAGAAUAAGAAGUUGGACCCGAACUUCGCCCACGUCGACUCUGUCAAAGGCGUACUUAGUGGAACCGACGGUAAAAUCUACACCGAGUACGGCGUUAUUGACCCUAGAACAGGUGAAAUUCAAGUCACAGACUCUAAAACUGGUAAGCAUGAAAUCAAGCAAGCUCAAGUCGAUCCUAAGACAGGAAACAUUCUUCUGCUCUCUGGUGUCGUCGAUCCCAGGACGGGACAACUUGAUACUUCGCUAGGACAACAGUAUAGCAUUGUCGACAAACCUAUCGAUACCUUCGGCACUGUUCCGGGCAAGGAGGUGCAAGUUGUGGCCAUUACGGCCAAAUAUGACUCCAAGAAUAAGAAACUUGACAACCCCAAUGGUUUCGUGGAGACAUCUCAUGGUAUUAUUAGUGAUAAGGAUGCCAAAUGUUAUACAAAUUUCGGUGUCCUUGAUCCCGAUACAGGGAAAAUACACUUUACCGAUCCAAAAACAGGAAAACGUGAUUCCAAACAAGCUCAUAUUGACACCAAAACUGGAAGCUUUAUUCUCACGUCAGGCGUUAUUGAUCCUAAGACAGGUAAGACUGACUCGUCUCUCGCUCAGCAGUUGACUGUCGUAGACAAAGAUGCUCCAAAAGGUAUUCCUGAGAGGUACGCUAACCUGGUCAUCGUCACAUCCAAGUAUGACCCGAAGAACAAGAAAUUGGAUCUUACUAACGCCCAUGUUGAUUCUAUACCUGGUAAAUAUGGGGUAGAUGAUAAGGUGUAUACCGAUUAUGGUAUUGUAGACUCGGAAUCUGGUGAAAUAGCAUUCAAGGACCCGACCACAGGCAAACAGGAGGUCAAGAAGGCUGCUGUUGAUCCAAAGACAGGCAAUCUUCUUUUAACAUCUGGAGUAGUUGACCCACUUACUGGACAAGUUGAUCCUACCCUAGGACAACAAAUCACCGUAGUUGACAAACCAAGAGAUAAAUUCGCGGCGGUUCCAGGCAAGGAAGUGCAGCUUGUGGUGAUCACAAGUAAAUAUGACCCCAAAUACAAGAGGUUGGAUAACCCCAACGGGCAUGUUGAGACAUCACGUGGUAUUAUGGCUGGGGACGGUCGUGUACACACCAACUUUGGUGUUAUUGAUCCUAAAACAGGAAAGAUCGAAUACGUUGAUCCUAAAACUGGAAAACAGGAGAUCAAACAAGCCGUAGCCGAUCCCAAAACUGGACAUCUUAUCAUUUCCUCAGGAGUCGUUGACCCGAAGACAGGAAAAGUGGACUCUUCCCUUGCUCAGCAAAUGGUUAUCGUGGACAAAGAUUACAAAGGAGUGCCUGAGAAGUUCGUUAACUUGGUCAUUGUCACGUCUAAGUAUGAUCUUAAGAAUAAAAAAUUGGACUUGAAGGACGCUCAUGUCGACACCGUGCCUGGUAAAAUUACUUCUGAUGAUAAAGUUCACACAGAAUAUGGAGUGGUAGACCCUAACAGUGGCGAAAUUAUUGUAACUGACCCGGUUACGGGCAAAAAGGAGGUUAAGAGAGCUGCAGUUGAUCCGAAGACAGGUAAUCUCCUGCUAACGUCUUCAGUCGUAGAUCCAUUGUCAGGACAAGUAGAUCCCACUCUUGGACAGCAACUCAGUAUUGUCGAAAAACCUAAAGACACCUUUGCCGCAGUUCCUGGUAAGGAAGUACAGCUUGUUAUCAUCACAAGCAAGUACGACCCAAGAGCGAAAAAAUUGGACAACCCUAACGGAUUUGUUGAAACUUCACGAGGUGUUCUCGCGUCCGAUGGUCGGGUACACACCAACUAUGGCAUCAUCGAUCAAAGGACAGGAAAGAUUGAGCAUGUCGAUCCCAAGACAGGCAAACAUGAGGUCAAGCAAGCUGUCACUGACCCUAAGACUGGUCAUAUGCUGAUCACUUCCGGCGUUGUUGAUCCCAAGACAGGCAGGACGGAUCCGUCCCUUGCCCAGCAGCUCACAGUGGUCGACAAAGACGCGCCUAAACCCAAAUACGUAAACUUGGUCAUUGUUACAUCUAAGUAUGAUCUGAAGAAUAAGAAAUUAGAUCUGGCUAAUGCACACGUUGACUCAAUUCCUGGUACAACUGGCGCUGACGGCAAGGUCCAUACUGAAUUUGGAGAAGUCGAUCCAGUUACUGGUGAUAUUACCAUGAUUGACCCAAUAACAGGCAGACGUGAUACCAAGAAAGCCACCGUGGACCCGAAAACAGGAAACCUCUCGCUUACUUCAGGAGUGGUUGAUCCUCAAACUGGCCACGUUGAUCCUACCCUUGGACAACAGAUAAGCGUCGUCGAGAAACCUAAGGACACCUUCGCGGCUGUCCCUGGAAAGGAAGUCCAACUUGUUAUUAUUACAAGUAAAUACGAUCCGAAAAAUAAGAAGCUUGAUAAUCCUAACGGUCACAUUGAGACUUCGAAAGGUAUUGUGGCCAGUGAUGGCCGUGUACAUACUAAUUACGGAGUCAUCGACCCCAAGACUGGAAAGAUCGAAUACGUCGAUCCUAAGACUGGAAAACAUGAGGUCAGACAAGCUGUUGUAGAUCUUGCUGGUGGUGCUAAGCCAAAUAAUCUCAUCCUUGCCUCGGGAGUCGUUGACCCGAAAACAGGCAAACCAGACUCCUCCUUGGCCCAACAAUUCACUGUAGUCGAAAAGGACACCAAACCUGUUGAAAAAGAAAUUCAUCUCGUUAUUAUUACAACGAAAUAUGACCCGAGGACAAAGAAAAUCGACCCCAGUCAAGGGCAUGUGGACACGGUUAGUGGAACAGUUGGGCCUGAUGGUAAAAUCCGUACUGCUGUUGGAGUCAUUGACCCAGUCACCGGAGAGAUCGUUGUCACCGAUCCUAAGACAGGGAAACAAGAAGUCAAGAAAGCUCAAGUCAACCCUGUCACUGGCCAUAUGGUUGUCUCGUCUAACGUUGUUGAUCCCAAGACCGGCAGAGUGGAUCCAAACCUCGUACAACAGUUCAGUGUUGUUAACAAAACCGUCGUGCCUUAUCACAAACCUCCAGUCUCGAAAGGAGAAAUUCGUCUCGUUAUUGUUACUAGCAGAUACGAUCCCUAUACGAAGUCGGUUGAUGCUGCCGCCGGUAACGUGGACGCCGCUAAGGGUUACGUCAGCGAAGAUGGCAAAAUACACACUGAAUUCGGUAUUAUCGACCCACGUUCUGGGCAAAUUCUGUAUAAGGACCCUGUAACUGGCAAACAAGAACUGAAACAAGCUGACGUAGAUCCUAAGACCGGAAACCUGAUCAUCACGACAUCGGUUGUAGACCCUAAAACUGGAAAAGUAGAGCCUUCUUUCGCUCAGCAGUUGAGUAUUGUCGAUAAGCAGCACGUACUAGCCCCAGCCACGCAGAGAGCUAGCGUGUCCCCAGCCAAACAGAUUCCAACUCCAGUGAAGGCGCAGACUCCAUCGCCAUUGCAAUCGCCAGUAAGAACUUCAUCGCCUGUUAUCAGUAGUUAUGCUCAGAAGCCGGCACCGCUCACACCCACUACACCGCGGACGCCAGUCAAACCUACAAUGGCGCCUCCAGAGCCGCCCAAGCGUAGGAUCGUUAAAAUCAUGGUUAUCUUCACUAAGCUAGAUCCUAAGACUAAGAAACCAGACAUGAACACUGCUGAAGUGGAGCAUCUCACCGGUAUCCUUGAUCCCAACGGCCUAAUUGAGACAAAAUACGGUGUGAUCGAUUCUAAGAGAGGAAACAUCGUCGUCAGUGACGCGGCUGGACACAAACAGAGCAAAGAUGGACUUGUCCUUACAGAAACAGGACAAAUAUUCAUUAAUUCUGGUGCCAUUGAUCCGAGGACUGGCAAGCUUGAUCCUAACAUGGGAAUGAUCAUGAGCGUGGCGAAACAAGACGACCCUGUAGUAGAGAUCACAACAAUUACAGGUCCGUUAGAUCCUAGAACUGGUAAAGUUGACAUCGACGCGGGUACAGUUGAGCACACCAAAGGUAAAGUGGACGCUGACACUGGUCACAUCUCGACUAAAUAUGGAGUUAUCGAUCCUUCAAACGGCGUUAUCUUUGUCACAGAUACAUCUGAUACAAAACAUGUUGAUAUUGACGAAAAUAACGGCAUCAUUACAAUCAAGGGUGCUAUUGACCCCAAAACUGGCAAAUUAGACCCCAAGCUCGGUCAAAUCAUUGUUGUCGGUACUCAUAUCGACCCAGUUGUUGAAGUGACCACGUUUGUAGGUAAACUGGACUCCAAGAAAGGUGUUAUUGAGUCUAAACAUUCUGCUAUCGAAAGUUCCACCGGUCAACUUAAUCCUGAAAACAACAAAAUUGACACCAAAUACGGCCAGAUUGACCUUGUCAAGGGCACUGUGACAUACAAUGAUCCCAAGACAGGCAAGUUUGAAAGCCAAGAUCUCAAAGUUGAUCCUGUCACGGGUCAGUUUAUGUUGAGGAGUGGUCAAAUCAACCCGAAGUCCGGCAAACCAGACAAAGAUAUCGGUAGGUUGAUCUGCUUGAGGAUUAUCCAAAAUAAAGUCGAUCCCGUAUCUGGUAAACAGAUUGUCUCCAAUGAUCCGAAGAACGUUAAAGUUGACCCCAAAACUAAUCAGAUCUGGGUCGCAGGUCCAAAAGACCCACAAACUGGAGAGCUCUUGUACACGGCUGGACAAAUCGACCCGCUUACUGGCUAUAUUAUCACAAUAUACGGUCGCACCGACCCCAAGACCGGGAAUAUUGUACGAGCGACAGACAUCGAUAAGUCACUCAUCAAGGUCGACCCUGUCAAUGGACAGAUCUACACGGCGACCGGAGAAUUCGACGAAGACAACCAACCGCUGUACUCGGCCUCUCAAGUCGACCCUGGAACUGGGGAAAUUUACACGAAGCUGGGUAAAAUCGACCACAGGACCGGCAGGCUGAUCAUCAUCAAGAUCUUCGUCAUCACACAGAAAGACGAAAAGGGCCGCGUGAAAGAAGUCGAUCCUAAGGAAUGCACGAUCGACGAAACUACCGGUAGGAUUAUCACCACAAAAACCGUUUACUUGUACCAGAUCAUCGACCCCAUUACAGGAGAAACAAUUGAUGUGGACCCAGAUGACCCACGACUCAAGGGCGCUAGAACAACCGUGACCCAAACCAUGACGUUAUCAGGCAAAAUUGACCCCGUCACUGGCAGGAUAAAGACGGAGUACGGAGAUAUCGAUCCCGACACAGGUGACAUCGACCCCAGCACGGCUGUCCGAGAUCCCGUCACCGGACAACUCAUCCUUCACUACUCACAAAUCGAUCCAUCACAUUUCGAAGACAAGAGCGGAAAUUACACGAUCGAGAAGGAGACGCAAGACCUGCCCGCGAACAUUGACAUCCAGACCGUGAACACACACAAAUUCUCCACUUUCGGCAAAGACGAGAGUCCGCACAGAGGCGACGAGCCCAAAACCUUCACAGAGUACACGACAAGCGAGCACAUCAGGCACCAGGGUUUCGUGUCUUCCACCACCCCUCUGUCCUCAAAGAUCCCGAUCUCGCAGCGGGCAAAGAAGACGCCCACUCCUCCCGUCGUCGUGAAAACCACUACCAAGCAACUCCUCACCAAGAAUGACGAGGGCGUAACCCACAACGUGGAACACGAGGUCGAGAACCUCGGCACCGGCGAGGUUACCUUCUCCACUCACACCAACAAGGCGGAAAGUGUUGAGCCAAUGGAGGGGAAGAGUCCGUACGUGACGGCGCGCGCCGUGACCACGCGCACCGCCACCACGCACCACGACCUCGACACCAAGGCCAAGACCCAGCAGAUGGAGGAGAAGACGGUCGCGCACACCCUCACCUCCUCCGCCACCAGGCAGGAGCAGCGCGUCCUCACACAGGAGGUCAAGACCAUGGUGACCACCGGCGACCAGCUCGCGCGGCGCGGCUCGGCGAGCUCGCUGAGCAGCGGCGACUCCGGCACGCCCAUCGACUUGGACGACGUCGGCGGCGAGGGGCAUUACUACGUCACGGAGCCCGGCUCGUACAAGACCACAACGACGAGUACGGUGAUGGGCAAUGCUCCCUUCGGCAGUAUGGUGCACGGAGCCACUGCUAGGAUGAGCACGGGUCCGCAGGCCAGCAUCGCGGCGGACAGCGCGGCGGCGGCGGCGGGCGGCGCGGACGGCGAGGUGGUGUCCUCGCAGACCAUCAGCUCCAAGACGCGCACCGUCGAGACCAUCACCUACAAGACGGAGCGCAACGGCGUGAUCGAGACCCGCGUGGAACAGAAGAUCACGAUCCAGUCGGACGGCGACCCCAUCGACCACGACCGCGCCCUCGCCGAGGCCAUACAGGAGGCCACAGCGAUGAACCCGGACAUGACCGUCGAGAAGAUCGAGAUCCAACAACAGAGCACGCAGCCUUAACGCGUCACAACAGUCACCACACACCACCGCGCACAACACAGCCGUCACAACAGCGAACAGGUGGGCACAACGACGGUCACCGUACGUACUACCUAGCAUGUAACGACACUGCGAAUAUUAUUAUUAAGUUAUUGAAAAACAUUUAUAUUAAAUAAUUAAAAUAAUAUUAAUUAUAUUUAAUAUCGAUGUUGUGACGACACGCUGCGAUUCUGUUAAUCGAUAUAAGUGUCGAUGUUUUUUUUUAUCGAUACGCGUUGAUAUUAAAAGUUUUUUAAGUGUAGGCUAAGGCAAAUGCAAGCAUCCGAUCGGCAAGGCUUCGAUAGUUGAGGAUAAUGUUGCCAUAGUAAAAAAUAUAAAGUGUUCGUGUAAUCUAAAAAGUAUGAUAAUUCACAUUCAUUUGUGCUUGAGUGGUUCGACUGAAUACGUCAAAUGGUGUACACAUUGAGAUGACUAAGUAUUGUGAUACAUUAUGAUCACAGUUUAUCGAUAUCGAUAAAGUUGUUGUAUAGUGUGUAUUCGAUAAAAAUAUUAAACAUAAAUUAACGAGUAUAGUUAACAUUUUUUUUAACAAAAUGUGUUUUAUGUAUUCAGUGGAAUCUCUCAAACACGUCAGUAAGAACUUUUCUAUACGUGAUAGCUUUAAAACCAUGUCACACGAGUUAGACCACCGUUUUUAGGUAUAAAAAGGCAUCUAUGGCGGGUAGCUAAUGGCGAAGUCGACGCCGGGUCGAGGUGCAGGCGAAAAAUUAGGGUGCGCAAUUAGGAAUAAGAGUUAAAUGAAGAAUUACAUUGUAUCACUUCGAUUUGUUAGCGCUGUUAGAAAAACAAAGGGCGGCAUGAAAACGCCUCUGGAUUCCCUGCACGUCGACUGGGUCUCGACUCGAACUAGCGGCCGGCCUAAGAUAUUUUCGUGUUAAAUAUUUUUGUUUUUAAAUUUCUCAAACAAUACAAUGUAGCACGGGACUAAUUCGAGUUGUUUUAUAGAGUGACUUGUGACCUUUUGUGAGUUAUUUAUCGAUAUAUCGACAGUCAAUAGUAUUUUGAUAGUCAUCUGUAAAACUAUAGAAUUUAUUAAUUUUUGCUGAUCUAUAUUUACAAGAGAAAUAGAAUGUUAUACAUUAUUUACUCAAGUAAACAAAUUUACAUAAAAAAUAUUUGACGUUGUAAUUAUAGGGUAACUUUAUUUAUCAAAAGGUCACAGGUACUCGCAUGAAAAAAUAACAGUAAAAUAUAUUAUUAAAGUGUUGCUAGAGCUGUAUCGUCGGUCUCGUUCAAUAGUGACGUGGCAUCUAUCGAUAAAGAACAAAGUAUCGACAUUGAAUAUAAAAAUUUUGAGAUUUAAAUUCAGUCUUCGCGUGUAUAGAAUGCAUAUCGAGAUAGACUUUUUUAUAGACAUAGAGACAUGCCUAUUGGACGAGACCGGCGUGACGUCAUAUUUAAUCACCAAUUAGGUGCUACUAUUUAAGAGUUAGAAUUACGUGCGAAACUUAUGUGAAAAAAAUAUCAGCGGAUGUGCGUGCAUUUUCAUACGGCUUGGCUAAACGUGCAGCGGGAUUGUCGACUUGGAAACUUCUGCAUUUAAAUAAAAAAAAAACAACUUAUUUUUAACGACUUCUCUAUUUUUGUUGGAAUAAAAAUUUUAAAUAGCAGUUUAAUAAUAAUUAUCGAAACAUUGAAUUGAAUAAAGAUUCUAGUGGAAUUUGAAAAUGAUUCAAAAUAAAAUUGUAAUAAAAUGUUGAAUUAUAUUUGAUGGUUACAUUACGCAACAGUUAUAUCACAAUCGUAGUUUAUAUAGUUUUUUACGUAACAAAAUUAUAUUUUAUAAAGGUUACGUAAUUUAGAGAAACUCAAGGAACUUACAGAUACAAUUAUUUUCAACUAGAACAUGUAGAUUUCCAAGUCGAUGAAACAGCCCGAAUACGGCUUAGAUGGUCAAUGUUUAGAAUUCUCGCACCGUGUUUAAGGCCAGUUGGGCAUUUUAUUGUGUUUUAUAUAUUUUCAUGAAAAAAAAUCGUUAUAAUAACGCUAUGGCGUUAUUUCAAAAAAUUGUUAUAAAAAUAACAAGUAUUUAUAAUACGCUAUUCGUCGCACGUUAAAACGUUAAUGAUAAGCUAUCGCGCUAUUUUAUCAUCGCAUUGUCAUUUUUUUUAUUCUUAAACCGGACAUUCCAGAGGGUUGGGGAUUCGGACCUCGUGUUAGGGAUGAAAGUCUAGAUUUAAAGCUAGAACAUGACACAAAGUGUUUUUUUUUCCUUGUCUGUUUGCGUUACGUAUAUUUCUGUGAAACGUGGGACGGCGGAGCGGGUUGAUUUCGAUGAAAAAAUACCUUUUUAAAUUAUUUUAUAAAGUAGUUAUGUCUGGUGCAAUUUUUGCGAAUUCGCUAGGAAAAGUCGCUAGAUGACGCAGUUUUAUAUUCUUAGAUUUACAGUCUUCCAUAGCAAGAUGUGGCUCGCGCUAGCGUCGGCCCCCGUCUUACUCGGCCAACGCUUAAGACUGCUGGCAAAGCGAUGCUUUGCUUUUAUAAUAAAAUGAACGAAAAACAACAUAAAACUUGCUUAAAAUUUUUGUAUAAAACCAGAAAACAUUGCAGUCAACCCCUCCGCGCUUGUGGUACAGACAGGACAUUGUACAAUUUAUCUAAUAUAUUUCUUACAAGCUAGAUGUAAAACAUUAUUUUAAGCUAUAAGUUUUUAUCAUUGAGUUAUUUGUCGCUGAUUUUGAAUCAGAUAAUUUUUUAUUGUCCUUUUUAUAUUUUGACUUUUCUAUAGAUAUUUAUUUGCGGAUCGGACAUUCGGCCGACGUGGCGACAAAUCCGUGGAUUAUUGUGUUAUGUGGUGCAGCGACAGAAAAAUAUCAACCAGUCAGUGUUCAAGUAAAUUUCGCGUAAUUAAAUAUACUUAGAAUACGUUUACUGUGGAAAUUUUUCUGUGACUGCAUUCAAUUUCUCUUCUUGUUUUAACUGUACAUUUUUACUUAUAAACGUUGCAAAUAAUUUAUGUCUAAAGAAAAUCUGAGAAAACACUUUAAAAUAACGUUAAACAAAUAUGUUAAAGUAACAACGCCUAACUGACAAUAGUUUGACAGGAGCUGUCAAUGUGACAAAUUUGACAGCUGUCAACGCAACGUUUAUAAGUGAGCGUAUUAUUUAUUAUAUGAGAUGUUUAUUUUUGUAUGAAGUCGUCCCUACUUAUUUUAUAUCAAACGAGAGGAUAAUCAGAUAGAUAUUACAAAUAAAGAUGCUUUGUUUUAAAUA